CUUCAAAUGUUUCUAAUCUUCUCUCUCUCUCUCUCUCUCUCUCUCUUCAGGGCCCUCGCUCACACCAAAUUCACAAAGGAACUGAAAUAUGUCAUUCAGAGGUUUGCGGAGGACCCGAGGCAGGAGGUUCACUCCUGUCUGCUGAGCGUGCGUUCAGGUAAAGAUGGCUGGUUCCAGCUCUACAGUCCAGGAGGCGUGGCCUGUGAUGACGAUGGGGAGCUGUUUGCCAGUAUGGUUCACAUCUUGAUGGGCUCCUGCUACAAGACCAAGAAGUUCCUCUUGUCUCUGGCUGAGAACAAGCUGGGUCCCUGCAUGCUGCUGGCCCUGAGAGGAAACCAGACCAUGGUGGAGAUCCUGUGUCUGAUGCUGGAGUACAACAUCAUCGACAACAAAGACACACAGCUUCAGAUCAUCUCCACCCUGGAGAGCACGCAGGUCGGCCUCCGCAUGUACGAGCAGCUCUGUGACCGCCAACGAGAACUGAAGGAGCUGCAAAGAAAAGGAGGCCCCACCCGCCUGACGCUGCCGUCCAAGUCCACGGAUGCCGACCUGGCCCGCCUGUUGAGUUCAGGUUCCUUUGGGAAUUUGGAGAACCUGAGCUUGGCCUUCACCAACGUCACCAGUGCCUGUGCCGAGCAGCUCAUCAAGCUGCCUUCACUCAAACAGCUCAACCUCUGGUCCACACAGUUCGGGGACGCAGGGUUGAGGUUGCUGUCCGAGCAUCUGGCCUGUCUUCAGGUUCUGAACCUGUGUGAGACUCCGGUCACCGAUGCCGGUCUGCUGGCUCUCAGCUCCAUGAAGAGUCUGUGCAGCCUGAACAUGAACAGCACCAAACUCACAGCCGACACAUACGAGGACCUCAAGGCCAAACUGCCCAACUUGAAAGACGUUGACGUUCGGUACACUGAGGCCUGGUGAUCAGCCACACACACACACACACACAUGCACACACUCAAACACUCAAACAUAUGCACACACACACACACACAAACACACAUUGCACACAGGCUCAGAUACAUAACAUGAAACUUUGUGCGGCGACAUCAUCGCCCGCCGUCACCCAUGAGUGAGGAUCAUGUGAUGUGAGCAGAAACUGACGAACAGAGGAGGAGCCUUCGUCAGCCUCGGACGCCAUCACUGGGAAGGAACUGCCUUGCUUUUUUUUUUUCUGAGUGAAAAAUCCUUAUGGACCUCAUCGCUCCCCGUACGUCUGUCCCCACUGUUCGAGGACCUUGUUGUAACUGAUCAGAGGACGUAUCCUGUGGCUGAUUGAGACCCUCCUCUCUCUCCUUCUGCCUUUAUCCUUCCUCCUCUUUCAUAUGUUUCUGGCUUCAGUCCAUCAUCCCCCCCCCCCCCCC